GUUAAGGUGCUUUCUUACUUGGGUACCGCACUCGUCCUGCCCUCUCCAUGCUCUCAUUUGGAAAAGAAAACUCAAUCCCGGUAACACCGCUGGGCAAGCCCUCAAAUGGCGGGAGGGUGUUUGGAACGAAGAAGCCCCUCUUCACGAAUGGAAAACCCAGGCUCACUUCUGGCCGCACAGUUCUUGCUGGAAAGAACACAAACAUUCACAAAUCCAACGCUACCAGUGCAAUUGUCGUUCACGAAGACACAGCCGAAGAUGACAAGGUCAUUUACGCUCCUGAGACACUUGGUGCUGCUUCUCAAGCAACUCCAACGCUGAAAUCUGCGUUGCAGACGCCUCCUGGCAUGCUGCUUUCCACGCUGCAACAGCGUACAAAACGACUCACUUCCUCUCCUCAGGUCACUCACACUGAGACUCCCGAGGACGACAUCGAAUACAUGCCCCCAUGUGCCCCCACGUCUCCUCUUGCCAACCUUGGCCUGGACGAGUAUGCCAUGGAUUGGAGCACCAUCGAUGUCUGGAGACCAACACGAGUGGGGGCAAAACGGGAGAGCACUGUUAAAUCGAACAUGACCCCCACAUCGGCCGUCAAUAGCUGCAGCUCCGUGCUGAGUCUCGACUCGUCGGCCUCUCUGACUCCGUCUUGCGUAACCCCCACAGUCCCCACGUCCAAGUUCUCGGUGUUCCAGCACCAUGAGGGUCUGGACGAUGCAACGACGGCUGCUGCUGCUGCUGUGAACGCUGCCGACUCUUUGACUUCUCCUAAGUCGCUAAAAGUCGGCCGUUCCCUCCACUCUACUUCUCCCACAGCUCGCCCUCCGUUCCUCGACGACACGUUCCCCCCACCUUCUACCCCCGCUACCGUUCAGAGACCUCGGAGUUCUUCAUUACGCCCUGGCAUCCCGCAUGCGACGCAUGCAGUUCGCUCCCGCUACGUCCGUCGCUCUACCCCCGCCUAUUCCUCGUCUGCACACUCGCAUACCCCCACAAAUACCUCACGCUCCGCUCCUUACCGUCCUUCCCGCCGCGUUGCCCCCACUCGUGCUCGCUCGACUCUCGCAGCCCCAAUGGAUCCCUGGGCCAUGGAUAUUGGUCUUUUGUGAUUGCAUAUGUAUGUUUAAUGAAAAUGUAUUGUUACAGGUAAAGGGAAAUUAUGAGUAGGUGAGAAACAAUCGUAGC